AUGCAAACUUCAAGUAGACAGUCGGAUAUAGGAUCUUUGAGAAGUAAUGACUCGGACACUUCAUUACCUGAUAACCAAGUUAGAAUGCAUGGCGGGGAUAGCAGCAGCAGCAGUCCGCACAGAGGGGGCACUGACUAUGCCGAUGAAAAGGCCAAUUUGGAUACCACGACAUCGAACGGUCAUGGUCAGAACGGGAACCAGCUAAAUAGACUCAAGAAUAAGGAUUAUGUUGUUCCAAGAAAUGAACGUAGGGGGCUGCUACCCCAACUUGCCAUCAUACCCGAAUUCAAAGAUGCAAGGGACUAUCCGCCAAUGAUGAAAAAAAUGAUUGUCUUUUUAAUUGCAUUUUCUUCAAUGAUGGGCCCCAUGGGUACAUCGAUUAUUUUUCCAGCGAUCAAUGCAAUCACAACUGAAUACAAAACUCCAGUAAUCAUGGUGAACGUAUCGAUUGGUGUAUAUUUGUUAAGCCUUGGUGUUUUCCCAUUAUGGUGGUCGUCCCUGUCCGAGUUGGAGGGGAGAAGGACCACCUACAUCACCUCUUUUGCAUUGCUGUUUGCAUUUAGCAUCGGAUCUGCCUUGGCUCCUGAUAUUAACUCGUUUAUUGCAUUAAGAAUGCUUUGUGGAGCCGCUUCUGCUAGCGUCCAAAGUGUUGGUGCUGGGACGGUUGCUGAUUUAUACAUAAGUGAAGAUAGAGGUAAGAACUUAAGUUAUUAUUACCUCGGGCCACUAUUAGCCCCACUUUUAUCUCCAAUCAUUGGUUCUCUGUUGGUGAACCGUUGGCCGUGGAGAUCCACUCAAUGGUUCAUGGUCAUUUUAUCUGGGUGUAAUGUUAUUCUUUUGACUGUACUGCUGCCUGAAACUUUAAGAAAACAAGACUCUAAAAGUGCCAUUGCUCAAAUUUUGGCAGAGAGGCGUGUUCAAAUAGAUCGCAAUAAAUAUGGGGAAGGACAAGAAAAUUAUCAGCCAGAAGAAGAAGACGAAUUGGAACAAACAGAAAAUCGAAUUGCCUCACUAUCCACUGAGAAGCACAACUAUGUUAGAGAGGUAGAUGGUCAAGAUUCUUUAGAUUUAGAAAGUCCAGGUAGCCAUGUUGCGUAUGAUGGGCCAUCAAGGGAAAAUCAAUUGCAACGAAUUUAUACAGAGGCGAGUAGAAGCAUGUAUGAGUACCAAUUGGACGAUAGCGGUAUUGAUGCAACAACAGCUCAAGUUACGAGAAUCAGGUCAACAGAUCCAAAAUUAGCAAGAUCAAUUCGUGAAAACAGUCUUAGAAAAUUACAAACCAACUUAGAAGAACAAGUCAAACAAGUACUAUCCAAAAAUGGGAGCGAAAUUGCUCCUAGGGAAAUAUCCGCGGUGAGAAAGUGCUGGGACACCUUUUUCGUUUAUUUUAUUAAACCUCUUAAAUCGUUAUACUUCCUACAAUACCCACCUGUGGCACUUGCCAUAACAUUUUCUGCGAUUUCCUUUUCAACCGUAUACUUUGUUAACAUGACAGUGGAAUAUAAGUAUUCAAGGCCUCCUUACAAUUUUAAACCGUUAUACAUUGGUCUCCUGUAUAUUCCAAACUCAAUAACUUACCUUUUUGCCUCUAUUUAUGGGGGUCGUUGGGUAGACAUGCUUUUGAAAAGGUACAAAGAGAAAUAUGGAAUUCUUGCUCCUGAAGCCCGUAUAUCAUGGAAUGUGGUUACAUCUGUAAUAUCAUUCCCCAUCGCGCUUUUAAUCUUUGGCUGGUGCUUGGACAAAAAAUGUCAUUGGGUAACACCGCUCAUCGGAACAGCUCUUUUUGGAUAUGCCGCUAUGAUGACCAUUGGAGCUACUCUUUCUUAUCUGGUUGAUUCUUUGCCAGGAAAGGGUGCCACAGGUGUUGCAUUGAAUAAUCUCAUCAGACAAAUAUUGGCCGCAACAGCUGUAUUUGUCACCACGCCGAUGAUAAACGGUAUGGGCACUGGUUGGGCCUUCACGAUGUUAGCCUUUAUCGUCCUAGGUGCAAGCAGUGUACUCGUUAUAUUGAAAAAGCAUGGUGAUUACUGGAGAGAGAACUAUGAUUUACAAAGACUGUAUGAUAAAGUUGACUGA